AUGACUGCGGCGGACCCGCCGUCGGGCCUGUUGGACAUCGCCAGCACCCUUUCGCAAGAUGAGAUUCCGUUCAAGCUGCGAUGCGCCAUCUGCAACAAACUGGCCGUGAAUGCCUUUCGCCUACCGUGCUGUGACCAGUCGAUCUGCGAGACCUACCUGUGCAAGCCAAACAAGGCCCUCCGAACCACCUUGAAGGCAUUCUUGCGCACGGAGGAGAAGAAACGCGAGAAAGAGCGACAAUCGGCGGCCCCUGCAACAUCGGAGAUUGACACUUCAGUGGAAAACGAAGCGACGCAUGCCGAGCCAGCGGCGGACAGGAACUCAUCAAGAGAGGCUGUGGUCGCGCAGUCUGGCGUUGUGCUUUCGCAGGCUUCUGUGUCGGCUGAAAAUGCUGCUGGUUCUACAACAUCACCGGUCCUUGGGCCAGCUGACUCGGAGGUGCCAGCAUCGGCUUCUUCAACAAAGGAGUUGGGAAUUGAGGAUCAGCCCGCGACCAACGAUGAGCAGACACUGGAGAGCAACGCCAUUCAACCAAACGGAGCCGAUACGCAGCCCAAAAUUGGGGACGAUGGGUCUAUGGCCGAGGAAGCAGGCUCCAUUGAGCCAUCACAAAUGACAAAUGACAACCCGAUGAACACGGGGCCCGGGGGUUUCCCCGGGGUGGCAGGCUGGAACGGGAGCAAUGCCUUUAAUGGCAUGAACCCCAUGAUGGCGAACCCAAUGUUCAAUUUCCCCAACGGAAUGGGCAUGCCUAUGACGAUGGAUCCGAUGACCGCAAACCAGGGGAUGCUCGGUGACUACGGAAUGAACAUGACUGGCAUGGGUAUGAAUAUGGGAAUGAGCUACAAUGGACAAGGCAUGUACGGGUCCAUAGGAUGGGAUCCCUCUCAGCAAAACAUGUGGCGAGGUGGCCAAGAUAAUUUCAAUCCAAAUGCUUUUGCUAAUGGCACGGGCCCUCCCUAUGGAGGUGCAUUUGGCGGGUCUAAUAUGUCUUACCCUUCGAGCUCAGACUUCCAGUCCGGUUACUACGGCCCAGGGUAUGGCCGGGGUGGUGGUGGGUAUCGCGGUCGUGGUCGUGGCUAUCAUGCUGGUGGUCCUGGUCGGGGGGCAUAUGGUACCGCUGGACACGGCCAUGCUCUCCCUCAUACUGGUAACUCUGGAUAUGCUAACGGACCUUCUGGGGCUGGUUCUGAUGGUGCGUUGGCCGGAUCAGAAGCUCCUACGGAGAAUCCCGAAGACCCCUCCUCUCAGUUGGAUAAGUCCGCCAGUACAGAUUUAGUAUCAAGUGCAGACGGACAGACGCAAAAUGGACAGGCAGCAGACGGUGCUGCAGAGGCCCUCGUGGAGUCCAGGAGCAACCCUGCAGACACCAGCAAUCCCGAUCAAGGCCCGCAGCUACAAGGAAUUCCCACUAUUGACAGUCUGAACCAGGCGUCUGACCCAAUGGAAGCGCAGGGAUAUUCUAACUUCGGCGGCCCAGGAUACGGACGAGGCGGCUAUUCCAUGCGAGGUGGAUUCUAUGCGCAGCGCGGCGGUGCUCACUGGGGUGCAAUGUCGAACAUGUAUCAACCGCCUCAGAUGGAACCGCGCAACCCCGGCGUCGAGGGUGCGCCUGCCGCACCACGCGCGAUGCGUCAGGGUCUGCCCAACACGAGCGUUUUGCGCCAACGGGGCUUCCAACUGCAUGGCAAGGGCUCGAUGAGCAGUCACACACCUGCAUCUUCCCAACGAGGAAAUUCUGAAGUUCCCCAGGAAGCUUCACGUACUCGAUCCCCUUCAAGAGCUCCCUCCCAAGCUCAGCAGGUUGACAAUAAAUCUCGAUCUCCAUCUCGUGAUCGUGUCUCGCGGGCUGGUUCCCGUCUUGCAGAUGAGGAACGAUCUCGCCCGCGCGAGGAAAACCUCCCACGACUCGAGACUGUGAAGGAGGUUGAACGAUUGAGUCGUCGCUCGCGCUCCCCCUCAAGGGUCUCUUCGCGCCGAUCAUCCCGUCAUCGAGAUCGUGAAGAGCCCCGGGACCGAAGAAAUGGGCACCGCUCGCAUCGAACUCGCCGUCAGCGGGGCCGAAGUGACAGUCGCAGUCGCAGUGUCACUCCCUUGGCAAAUGGAGAUCGCCGUCACCCAGACCGUUUGAAGCCGAACUCGGGGGAGGCUGCACCAAAGGAUCACAGUAGCAGGCGGGUUGACAAGGGUGUGCGCGGGGAUCUUGCAAGUCGUAUCAGUAACGGCCACCGAUCUGGCCGAGAUGUGUCUGCUCGUGAAGACGCAGUAAGGGACCGGGACAGGGACCGGGACAGGGACCGUGACCGAGAUCGGGAUCGGGAUCGAGAACGAGACAAAGACAGAGAUCGCGACCGAAAGGAUAGACGGCGUGACCGGGAUCGAGACUCUGACAGACGGGAGCGUGCCCGAAAUUCAGACCACGAGUCUCGUCAGAACCACGAGCGUGAUCGUGAUCGUGAUCGUGACCGUGAACGAGACCGAGACCGCGACCGACGUGAAAAAGACCGCAUCCGUGACCGUGACCGUGGCCGUGGCCAUGAGCGCGGCAUAGAUCGCGGCACAGACCGCGACAGAGAACGCAAGCGUCGUCGCGAUCGGUCCGAGUCAACUGCUCGUCCCAAUGACAAAUCCACGCAACCUCCCCAAGCGCGCCGCGUGAAGACCAACGGCGAAGCGCGGGAACGCGAUCAGACAAGGCCCGUGACUGCGAAAUCAGAGUCGGAAAAAGAUCCCUACACUCUGGAGCGAGAGGCUCGUAACCGUGAACGUCUUCUGCGUGAACAGCAGAAUCGGGGUAAUGCCAAACCGAGCUCCUCGAAAUCGAGUCAGCGUCGUGAUAGUCGUCAGGAACGACUGGUGGGCGGACGACGACUCAAUUACAAGUACGAGGAUGAGCUUUGA